CACAUUACCUGUUUGGCUUUUGUUGUAUUAAGGAAUAACACCAAAUUUUAGGCCAGCUCUUAUUCCCAUCCAUUAUGCAUAGUGACAAUCCCAAUUUUUAAUGGAGAAAAUUUCAUCUCAUGUAUUUAUGAGGAUUUUGGAUUUUUAGAUAUUCCCUAUUGCUCUGAAGCCCCCAAGGGAACAACAAAGCAAAAAAGGGACAAAAUCUACCCCCUUAGAUUUGUCAUACAUGCAGCCAUGGAAAAGUCUAGCACAACCAAAUGAUUUAAUUCCAUUUGGCUCUCAACCAAACCUUAUUUGGGGUAGUGGAACACCCCAUGGAAACAAACCUCUGUGAUUUCACAUCUUAGGGGAUUUUGGAGUUUCUUCAACACUUGUUUUUCAUGGGGUUUCUCUUCUUUUCUUUUUUUCUUAAUCAAUUCACAUAUAACCCUUUACUUUGAUAUUUGAGUUUUUGUUUCUUGUUGAUUCAAGCAGUUAGCCUCCUUUUGCAUCCCAAUACUGUGUUGGUAUGGUUCCGGAGGAGGGAUCGUCGUCUCCGUUGCAGAUGUUCUCGAUGAUGUCUGUAUCACCCGCCCCCUACCCUUGGUUGAGGGAGAUGAAAUCCGAGGAGAGAGGGCUGUGCCUCAUCCAUCUUCUCCUUGCCUGCGCCAACCACGUCGCUGCUGGAAGUGUCGACAACGCCAACACAGGCCUCGACUACAUCACGCAUCUCGCCUCCCCCAAUGGCGACACAAUGCAGAGGAUCGCAGCCUACUUCACAGAGGCUCUUGCUGACCGCAUGCUCAAAGGCUGGCCCGGAUUGCACAAGGCCCUCAACUCCACCAGGAUGAGCUUCGCAGCCGAGGAGCUCCUCGUGCAGAAGCUCUUCUUCGAGCUCUGCCCCUUUCUGAAGCUCUCGUAUGUGAUCACCAACCAGGCCAUCUUGGAGGCCAUGGAGGGGGAGAAGGUGGUCCACAUAAUCGACCUGCAUUGCUUCGAGCCUGCUCAGUGGAUUAGCCUCAUCCAGGCGUUGAGCACGCGGCCUGAGGGGCCGCCUCAUCUCAGGAUCACGGGCAUUCACCACGAGAAGGCUGUGUUGGAUCAGAUGGCUCACCGGUUGAACGAGGAGGCCGAGAAGCUGGACAUCCCUUUCCAGUUUCAUCCUGUGGUUACCCCGUUGGAGAGUCUCGAUGUUGGAUGCCUACGUGUCAAGACGGGGGAGGCUGUAGCGAUAAGCUCCGUGCUCCAGCUGCAUUCUCUUCUCGCAUUCGAUGAUGAGUUGAGCAGGAGCCCCAAAGGCGUGCUCUUGCAGAGAGCCCUGCAUCUGAAUCCACGCACUCUCAGUGACUUUCUCGAUAAGGAUGCUACCGCCAGCCCGGAUUCUGCCUCGUCCUCGCCUAUGCUGCUGCCUAAAUCUAAGAUGGAGGGCUUUCUAAACGCGUUGUGGGGUCUGUCACCGAAGCUGAUGGUGGUGACAGAGCAAGAGUCGAACCACAAUAGGGCCAGUUUGAUGGAAAGGAUGAUGGAAGCUUUGAACUUCUACGCAGCGCUCUUCGACUGCUUGGAGUCGACGGGGCCAAGUGCUUCCGUGGAGCGUCAGAAGAUUGAGAGCAUGCUCUACGGCCGGGAGAUCAAGAACAUCAUAGCGUGUGAGGGUGUCGAGAGAAGGGCGAGGCACGAGAAGCUCGAGAGAUGGAUCCCUAGGCUCGAGUCAGCUGGCUUCGGUAAGGUGUGUUUGAGCUACCACGUCAUGAUGCAGGCCAGGAGGCUCUUGCAGAGCUACAACUACGAUGGCUACAAAGUGAAAGACGAAAACGGCUGCUUCGUCAUGUGCUGGCAGGAUCAGCCGCUCUUCUCUGUCUCGGCGUGGAGGUUUAGACGCUAACAGUUGAGGAAGAUGAAGCCUUAAUUUCCAUUUUUCCAAUUUGUAUAGAGGAUAUUUAAGUUACUUAGCAAACCUCCAUAAUUGUAUCAUCAUCUGCAUAUAAUUCAUCAAGUUUUCCUAUUA